AUGGGACAUGCUCUUUUUAGUUGCAAAUAUGCUAAGGCAGUUUGGAGAGCCCAAAAUCUAAGUUUUGAUUGGCGUGCGUGUACAUCAAUGCGAAAUGGAGACUAUUUGUUGCACCUCUCAUCAAUCUAUAACAAAUCAGAGAUGGAACAACUCUUUUGUACACUUUGGGCUAUUUGGAAUGAACAAAACAAGGUGGUUCAUGGUAGAAAAGCAAGAGCUGCGAAUGAUCUUGCCAUUUUCGCUGCUAUUUUUUUGCAGAACUUUUUUAAUGCUCAACAUAAACACCCUACCGUUGCUGCUACUGCACCAACAAUCUCACACCAGCAAAACCAUUCUGUAGCAGCCCCCUCUCCGUGGUCCCCUCCAGCUUCAAGUGUCCUCAAACUUAACAUUGAUGCAACAGUCCAUUCCUCCUCCAAUAAUACUGGUGUUGGGGCUGUUCUCAAAGACACAAAUGGACAUGUGGUAGCUGCGUUAGCCAUGCCAAUCAUCGGCAGUUUCAAAUCACAUGAAAUGGAGGCCAAAGUACUUUUCCAUAGUCUCAAUUGGGCUCUUCAACAACAAUUGCAAAUCACGCAAAUUGAGACAGAUGCACUUAUGCGUUCUGCAAAUGAAGCGGCUCAUGGCCUAGCUAAAUUUGCUUUAGGGGUGGAUGAGACUUGUACUUGGCUGGAGAUUAUCCUUCUGCCUAUUUACUCUGUUAUUGUAAACGAAUCACUAUUUGUUUAA